AUGGCGCGGCGCAAGACGAAGGAGAGCAAACGGAGGGCGGCGCAGGCGGGGAAGGAGGAGGAGGCGGCGGCGCAGAUGGCCCCCGACGAGAAGGUUCCGCGGACCAUGAUGUUCGCGCGCGGGAAGGUCAAUAUUCUCCUCAAGCGCCUCGUGCAGGACAUGCGGAAAAUGCUGCUGCCCUUCACCGCGCUCAAACUCAAGGUCCGCUGUCGCGCGAACGCGCGCUCUUCCCGCUUCUCCCGCUUAUGCCCCCUCUCCCCCCACUCCCUCUCCCCCCACUCCCUCUUCCCCCACUCCCCCUUCCCCCUCUCCCCCGUCUCCCCCGAAUCGAGAAAAAACAACCUCAAGGACUUCCUCCACGUGGCAGGCCCGCUGGGCGUGACUCACUUCCUCAUGCUCUCCAAGUCUGACGUGUCACCCUACCUGCGCGUCGCGCGCACGCCACGUGGACCCACGCUCACCUUCCGCAUCCUGGACUACUCCCUUGCUGCUGAUGUAGCGAAAUCCCAGAGGCGCCCCUACGUGCCAGCUGGCGUGUUCGAGGCCCCACCUCUGGUGGUGAUGAAUGGCAUGGGAGCAAGCGGCAAAGGCACGGAGCAUCUGAAGCUCAUGACCAUCAUGUUCCAGAACAUGUUUCCUCCCAUCAACGUGUCCACUGUGAAACUGUCUGAUUGUCGGCGGGUGCUCCUUCUCAACCAUGACCCUGCCAGUGGCACCAUUGACAUGCGUCAUUAUGCCAUCACUGCGCGCCCUGUGGGGGUGUCGAAGCCGCUGCGCAAUCUGGUGCACCACCACGCGCUGCCCAACCUCAGCCACUUGUCCGACAUUAGUGAACUCGUUACUAGGCCGGCAGCUUACCCAUCAGACAGCGAGGCGGAUGAGGGCAGCAGGGUGCAGGCGCCCCAGGACAUGGGGCGGGGCGUGCGGGCGGCACAGCAGAGCCAGGUGAAGCUGCACGAGCUGGGGCCACGUGUCACUCUGCUACUGGUCAAGGUGGAGGAGGGGCUGUCCAACGGUGCUGUCAUGUACCACCGAUUCGUUGAAAAGACAGCCGAGGAGGAGGCGGAGUUGCAGCGAAGGGCUGAGGAGCGGCAGAGGGAGAAGAAGAGGCGGAAAGAGGAGCAGGAGGCAAACGUGCGGAGGAAGAAAAUGCUCAAGGCAUCCAAGGGCAAGGCGGAGGACAGCGAUGGGGAGGAAGAGGAAGGGAAGGCGGUGGGGGCGAGGGAGGGCGAGGGGGAGGAGGAGGAGGAGGAGGAUGACGUGGACUGGUACCGCAAGGAGGUUGGGGAGGAGCCCGAUGACAGUGAGUGA